CACAGUCUUAUCACUCUCCAUCUCCAAAGUUUCCUCUUCUUUCCGUCUUCCUCCACCUUCCAUUUGCUCUACCCAUCAGCCAAUCCUCGUUAAGGUCAAGACAGCUUCCUCCUUGCUCUUCGACCUCUGCUGCAGGACCCACCAUCUUAACCCCCUCCCUCCGUCUGUCUUCCUGUGUGCACCCAAGGCGUGCACGUGGGUGUCACUCGAGCUCAGCUUUACGCACAACACAAACUUCAAAGACACGAAGGCGAGCCGAAGUACAGCACAGACCGGGGGCUUCUGGCUUUGGGCUUGUCGUUUGGAUUUAAUCAGCCUGUGUGGGGUUCUUUGGGUGGCGAAUCGCUCAAAAGGUUGCUCGAGUUUUUGUUUUUUCACUCCAUCUGGCAGCAGAGACAUUCGUCACCACCUGCCACUGGGUGCCAGGAGCUGUCAGAGUCAUGCCGGCAGGGUUUCAGCAGCUUGGAGGGGAGACGGUGACUGGAACCCUUGCACUCUCAGUCUUCACUGCUGUCCUGGGAUCUCUAACGUUUGGCUACAACAUUGGAGUCAUCAAUGCACCUCAGAAGAUCAUCGAGGAGGACUACAACGCCACAUGGGUGUAUCGGUAUGGGGAGCCCAUCCCCACGGGGACCCUCACCUCCCUCUGGUCUCUGUCUGUUGCCAUCUUCUCCAUCGGAGGCAUGCUCUCCUCCUUCUGCGUGGGUUUCAUCUCCGAAUGGUUGGGCAGGAGAAAAGCGAUGCUAAUAAACAACUUGGUUGCCUUCGUCGGUGGGAGCAUGAUGGGAAUGGCCAAGGUGUGUCGCUCCUUUGAAAUGAUGAUCCUUGGACGGUUCAUCAUUGGAGCCUAUUGUGGGCUGGCGUGUUCCCUGACACCGAUGUAUGUUGGGGAAAUUGCACCGACAAGUCUUCGGGGAGCUCUGGGUACCCUGCACCAGCUGGGAAUCGUCACGGGUAUUCUCUUAGCACAGAUUCUGGGUCUGGAGUCUCUACUUGGCAGUGAGGACUUGUGGCCGGUUCUGCUGGGUUUAACGGUGGUUCCGACUGUACUGCAGAUGGGUCUGCUGCCCUUCUGCCCAGAAAGCCCUCGAUUCCUUUACAUUGUGCGCUGUCAAGAGCACCUCGCCAAGCGUGGCUUGAGGAGGUUAACUGGUCGGCAUGAAGUGGACGACAUGCUCUCAGAAAUGAAGGAAGAGAAGAGGAGGAUGGACAUGGAAAAGAAGGUUUCCAUCCUGGAGCUCUUCCGGUCUCCUCUCUACCGCCAGCCCAUCAUCAUCUCCAUCCUGCUGCAGCUCUCCCAGCAGCUGUCCGGCGUCAACGCAAUUUUCUACUACUCCACGAGUAUCUUCAUCAAAGCCGGGGUCCAGAGUCCAGUCUAUGCAACUAUAGGAGCUGGAGUUGUGAACUGUGCGUUUACGGUGGUCUCGCUUUUCCUUGUGGAGAGAAUGGGUCGACGGACACUCCACAUGUUGGGACUGGGAGGGAUGUGCAUCUGUGCCAUCACCAUGACCAUGGCUCUGGCUCUAUUGGAAAGCAUUCCUUGGAUGAGCUACAUUAGCAUGCUCGCUAUCUUUGGCUUUGUGGCUUUCUUUGAAAUUGGGCCAGGUCCGAUCCCUUGGUUCUUUGUGGCUGAGCUGUUCUCUCAAGGUCCAAGGCCAGCUGCCAUGGCGGUAGCUGGGUGCUCCAACUGGACGGCCAAUUUCAUCAUUGGCAUGUGCUUCCAGUACAUCGCAGAAAUUUGUGGGCCAUACGUCUUCCUAAUCUUUGCGACACUCCUCCUGUUCUUCCUCGUCUACACAUUCUUCCGGGUCCCAGAAACCCGGGGCAAGACCUUUGACCAGAUCGCGGCCAAUUUCAACCAGUACUCAGCGGGAGGAAUGAUGGAUAUGGACAUGGAUUUGAACAAAACCAGCACAGAGCUGGAAUACUUGGGGGAUGAAAACAUGAACUGAUCGUCAAUUCGAAAACGGGAGUAAGCAGAGAUAAAGUACUCCUCUAAAGUAUGUCUUUUCAACAUGUACUUUCACAUCUACCAAUGUUUUUGUAAUAGCAGUGUUAGGAGUGCGUGGCAAAAAGUUGGGGUGUUUUGGAAGGGUUGUUGGUACAACUGCAGUAAGCGGUUAAUUGCUUUUGAAUUUCGACUUGACAAAGAGCUGAUAACUCAUUGAUUAGAAACUGCUGUAUUAACAAGGAACAAGACGGUCCUGCUGGGGUAUUGAUUUGCCGGAGCGGCAGGAUUUUAUUCCAUGCUGAUGCAAUCACUUGCAGUAUUGACAGAUAGCCGGGGAGGGGGAAGACUUUGGAAUUCCUGCACUUUAUAAACAAAGAUGUCCAAAGUUUUCCAAGUUUAGAGGUAGGAAGCUUUAAUCAGUUUUCACUUGAAAUGGGAACGCUCAUCUUAACUGCACAUUUAAUCAUCUGGGGCUGAGUUAGCAGAAAUAGCUCCAGGAGAAAAGUUUCCAUUGACAAAUUCUAACAAGUGGGAAUUCAUUUAGCAAGUUCUUGGGUAUUAGUUUUCCAAUUCACCCAGGAAAUAUUUCAUUUCCAAUUUUAAAUUGGAUUUCAGAUACUGUAACCCUUGUGCUAUCCCAGGUAUGUUGAUGUUGGGAAUGAGGUCAUCCGGACCCCACGAGACAGUGCGCUGAACUUCAUUUUUGAUUUUCACUGGCGUCUGUGGCAGACAUGCAAUCCUGUCCACCUUCAUCCACAUUUCUCAAUAGAUAAAGUUUAGGGUCAUUUGGACCCCAUGAGAUAGCACAAGGGUUAAAACAGACAUUCAGGAUAGUUGUUCCCAGCUGAUGUGCUUUCCUCACAGGUUUUUGAAGCCACAUUGGCAAUUUCACUUGUACAUAGUGUUUGAGUGUCUAACAUGAUUCUUUAUGCACUCCAGUAGUUUUGUAAAGAAAGCCCGUUCAAAUGGAGGGUUACAGUAAGCAGAUUUUUGUUGUAUAUUCAUUUUGUAAUCUUAUCUAUACCUAGCUUGUGUAUUUUCUUUGAAUACCCUGUGUGACGUUUGCUCUACUUUAAAGAAAAAAAAAAACUGAACUUACGAGUCAAAUGAUUGUGUUUCAAAUUUAAAGAAAACACUAACAAAUGAGACUUGCAAACAUGAUUUAUUAAUUAGCAUUUAUGUACCGACAUUGCACAUAAUCCCCCUCAAAGAAAAACACGCAAAAGAUGGGAAAUAAAGCUGUCAUCUACCCAGAGAUGAGAACAGACCAUUUCAACAAUUUCAGGAGGUAACAGAACUAAACUGACUCCCAUUAUGCAUCAAAUGCACACCUGCUGGUUUCUCUUUUUAUUUUUUUAAAUUAAAACAGCGAAAUAAAAUGCUAGGCAGGUUGAUUUAAACUACUUUAUGCACCACAUCCGUUAAAUUAAAGAAAAGAUCUUUCAACAGGGCUCGGAAUUACUUUUUAGGACCCCGUUUCUUUUUGAAGAUGCAUUUAAACUUCUAAACAUGCACCCACCAGCACUGCCUGCUUCCUUCCCCACCCUGGCAUAUCUGUAUAAAAACAUACGAGACACGAGGCAAGAGGGGGAGAAAAACCAGGAUGAGGUGGGUUGGAGGAUGGGGAGUGCAGGAGGGGAGAAGAGUGCAAACUGCUCUGAAAUGGUUCAGUCCUCCAACCCAAGGACCUAUGAGAAACAAAAAAAAAAAAGCCAAG